AUGAUACUAGAAAUCUGGAUGAUUGCUGAGUACCUGUAUUCUCAAGUGACUCUGUGGUGGAAUGUUAAGGUCUUCUUGACGUGGCAUCCGAUGUUCCAUGGUGCUCCAUGUCUAACGGUACAUGCGAUAAGUAUAUUACAAUCUGUGUGUAGUCAAACAACCUCAAGGCUUGUGUAUACGAUCGGCUCGCGAACCAGGAUAAUGCUCAAAACCUGUCCAGCGAAACGCCUUUCUGCACAUAGGGCGAGUCGUAGCAGAGUGGAAGGUCAGAGUGUUGAUGGAGUUGAUGGACGUUGA